CACUCACGUCUUGCAGGUAACCGCAGCUGGCUUAAGCCUUUCACCGGAACAGUUCAUGGCUCUUGCUGCUCUCUUGAUCGCCGUGAUCACACUCCCCUUGAGCUCACCGGCCCGCGGGGAGCUCACCAUCAUUGAGCACCCGGUGGAGGCGAGCCGGCCACUACGCCUCCUCGUCAUCGGCGAUUGGGGCCGGAAGGGGAGGUACAACCAGUCCGGGGUAGCCAAACAGAUGGGGAAGGUUGCUGAGGACGUGAGCAUCGACAUGGUUGUGUCCACCGGGGACAACUUCUUGGACGACGGCCUGGCCAGCGUCGAUGACAAGGCGUUCCACGAGUCCUUCGUGGAUGUCUACACAGCGAAGAGCCUGCAGAAGCCAUGGUACCUUGUUCUAGGGAACCAUGACUACAGGGGAGACGUACUGGCACAACUUGACCCAGCUUUGCGCAACAUUGACAGCCGAUUUAUAUGCAUGAGAUCCUUCGUUGUUGAGGCAGGAAAUGUCGAUUUCUUUUUCGUCGAUACAAGCCCAUUUCAGCUCAAGUAUUGGACUGAUCCAGGGGAAGACCACUACGACUGGAGGGAAGUUGCCCCUCGAGAAGCAUACAUAGAAAAUCUCCUCAAGGAUUUGGACACUGCAAUGAAGAGAUCAAGAGCGACAUGGAAGGUGGCCGUAGGGCACCAUACCAUGAGGAGUGUGAGCUCCCACGGCGACACUCAGGAGCUCCUCCAGCUCCUCCUCCCGGUGCUCAAGGACAACAGCAUCGACCUCUACAUCAACGGGCAUGAUCACUGCCUGGAGCACAUCAGCAGCAGGGAUAGUUGCAGCCCAAUUCAAUACUUCACCAGUGGAGGCGGGUCCAAGGCGUGGAGAGGCGUCUUCCGACCAAACGAUGACAAGCUGGAGUUCUUCUACGACGGGCAAGGCUUCAUGUCUCUGGAGGUGGAUGGCGACUUGGCCCGUGCCGUCUUCUAUGACAUAGAUGGACAAGCAUUGCACAGCUGGAGCUUGAGCAAAAGCCGUCGACUCCAGGUUGAUCAGCCCCCGAUAUGCUCUUGUUCCUCAAAAAUAAGAAGCUGCAGUAGUAACUUGGAUGCUAAAAGUAUAUAUGCAGUAAGUAGUAGUUAGAUCUUAUUGUCUCGUGAAAAAGAGGCGUUGUCUUUUAGGUUUAAAUGCGGUUGGAUAUGUUAUAUUUGGCGAUAUAGGUUAAGAUGUGUUACAUAUAUCAUAUAUGACUAUCUUAGCCAUGAUGUAAGUGCGUGUAUGUAACCAUCUUACUAUGUGCUCUAUUUCAUGAAGGAAAAAAUGACGUCAAA